AGCACGUGCUUCGUCUGCUUAAUGGUUAAUACACCUCUGUUGUGAAAGUCGGUGGUUUUUGAUCUCAGAUAGGCACGCAACUCUGAGCAAGUUCUGCUGGGCUUGGGAUUUACAUGUAUCGGAUUGCACUGCUGAUAUUAAUCCAUUUGAAAUGAUCCUUAGCUGUAGAAGAGAUUAUUAGGGGAACUUCUUGGCAUGCUUUUUAGAUCUUCGAAGAGGGUGUGGUGUGUACUGACACACAGAAAUUGGCAUCAGCACAUGUGCUGAGGGAUCAGAGUGAAAUGGCCAAUGGCUUUCUUAUGGAAGUAUGUGUUGAUUCAGUGGAAUCUGCCAUUAACGCUGAAAGAGGAGGUGCUGGUCGCCUUGAAUUAUGUGCCAGUUUAAUGGAGGGUGGAACUACACCAAGUAUUGGUCUUUUGCAAGUAGUGAAGCAAUGUACAAAAAUCCCUAUAUUUGUGAUGAUUCGCCCCCGUGGUGGAGAUUUCCUUUAUUCUGACCGGGAAAUAGAGGUGAUGAAAGCUGACAUCCAACUUGUCAAGCAGUAUGGAGCGGAUGGGCUGGUAUUUGGAGCUUUGACUGAAGAUGGCUAUGUAGACAUGGAACUCUGCACGGCACUGCUUGCUGCUUCUCGCCCUUUGCCAGUCACCUUCCAUAGAGCUUUUGACAUGGUCUGUGAUCCUGUAACAGCCAUGGAAACACUGAUAUCCAUAGGUUUUGAACGGGUGCUAACUAGUGGUUGUGACAGCUCUGCCCUGGAGGGGCUGCCCUUGAUAAAGCGGCUGAUAGAACAGGCAAAGGACAGGAUUAUUAUUGUACCAGGGGGAGGCAUAACAGAGAGAAACCUACAAAGAAUUUUAGAAGGCUCUGGUGCUUCUGAAUUUCACUGCUCAGCUCGCUCAGCCAAGAACUCAAGCAUGAAGUUCAGGAACUCCAGUGUUAAGAUGGGAACCUCUCUCUCUGCACCUGAGCAUUCUAGCAUGGUAGCAGAUGUGACUAAAGUGAGGACCCUGAAUGCCAUUGCAAAGAACGUCCUGUAGAAAAAGAAGAGGAUAUGGGACAGGAAGACCUACUAUCGCCUGACUUCCCCAUUCCUUAAGUGUAGACAUUUCAGUAGCGUUUGGAUGAGUCCAGUGAAGAUGGUGAUGUGGGUGUUUUUCCUCUUCCCACUUCCUAGUCUUCAUUCAAGCAGUCUUUUCACUAAAUAGUGUGACAUCAUUUGUCUAUGAGGAGCAAACUCGAGGGAGGCAUGAUACUAGCUAAAGAGGCAUUCAUCACUGGGUGAAACUCCUUUUAGACUUUUACUUUUCAAAUAAAUGAUGAGGCUGAUUUUCA